AUGAGAACCCCGGGGCCCCGCCCCGGUGUUGGCGGCGCUGUGAACGUGGACGGAGUGCCCCACUUUCCGGAGCCGCUGGCCCCCGAAGAGGUGCCUGCGGCGAUCGCCGCAGCAGAAAGCCUCCCGCAGCCCUGGUGGGCUUUCUGGCGAAGACCCACGCGCAUUCCCUACAGGCCGCAGGUGGUGGAGCCUCCGGCAAAGUCUUAUUCGUUCCGGAACGCGGAUGUUCGGUUUUUUGGCGGAGUGAACGAGCAGGAGGAGAAGGAAGACAACUCGGAGAGCGACGAGGAGCAAAAUGAAGUUCAAAAUAAAUGUUUGAGUGAAGCAAAUGAGCACACGGGAACUGACCUUGCAAGGCGUCUGGGUUCUUGCUUGCAUUUCCCUGGCGAACGCGGCUGCAUGGCUCGGCUGCAUGGUGUUCAGGCAAAUGCUAGUGUGUUCAGGGCCGUGGGCUUGACGCUGAUUGUCAACAUUGGAUUGUGUCAAAACCAAAGCAUUUCUUCUUUGCUCGCGACCGUGGACCCGGAGUUGGUUUACUUUCUCUGGAGUGUCGGAAUGCACAUGUUCUGGCAGAGGACAGUCAGGCAAGGAAGGCUGUUUGGGGUGAAGGCCGUGGAAGACGGGAAGAGGGAGGCGGUGCUGCAGCUGUAUGAAACCCCCUUGUUUGGUCCUUCUGUGUUCGUUUCGGCAUCCAUGGCGAAGUGCCACUAUGUCCUUAGUCUUGUCGUCAUCGUCCUCACUGCCAGGAGGCUGCUGCGAAGCAUCAUGGUUUUCUACUUCGAGCUCGGCUUCAUGGCCAGCAUGAGCGGACAGCUCGUCAAGUACCUCACCAAAUACGCGGCGCUUAGAAAGCUCAACACCAAAUGGUCGGCUACUGUUGCUGCUGCUACUGCUGCUACUGCUGCUGCAACUGCUGCUGCAACUGCUGCUGCUACUGCCACCGCCCCUGCUGCAGCCGCUGCACCUGCUGCGGCUGUGGCUUCAAGCCGCAAUUGCCGGCUCCGCCGCGGCCUGGACGUCGAAGGAGGUGACAAACAUUUUAAUUUCGCGGCUGCGUACCAACUGUGCAAGGAGACAGCCUCCCGAGAUAGUGAGGCUGGCAGCCAGGAAGAAGACGAGGCCCCCGAGGCGGAGAGGGGCCCCCGUUUAGACGUGGAGGCCCUGAGAAGGGGCAGGAGCGUGGCUUCUGUUGCCUCUCGCUUUUCACGGCAUCCUUCUCUUAGAGUGCCCACGCGGGCCCUUCCCUCUCUUGUCAGAGAUGAACAGGAAUUGCCGCCGCCUCCUUCCUCCGCCCAAAGCCGUGAAGUACAAAGACAGAAGGCCAAGCAAGUUGGGGGCAGCUUUGUGAACAAGAGCAUUCGCAUUAAUUAUUUUCGCUUCCGGCCUCAAGAGAAUAAAAACAUACAAGUCAGAGAGCUCAGAGGACAGGGCAUUCCCAGUCAGCUGACCCGCUCUUCAAUUGAGCGCUGCAAGCACAGCCGCGUGCACCACUGGCUGCUGCUGCAGUACGUGGCAGUUUUCCCCCCGGCUGUGUUCCUAAAGGGGGAACGCAUAGAAAUUGACUCCAAGGCCAAGGCUCGGUCUGUAUCUGACCGUCUCUUUAUGGCGCUGGCACAGGACGCAGCAGAGCUGGCAGCAGAAGGACACUUCAGAGAAUCUCCUGAUCUGAGGCAAAGAGCGGACCCUGCUGCGGACGGGCUGCAGCAAGGAAGACCACCGCAGCAGCAAACCGAACACGAAAGAACUGUCAACUGGCUGGGCAGUCCAGCGCUGCGCAAGGUCGUCACAGUUGACCCCAGCGACGACUCAAGCGUGACUGCGACAGCACCGCCAGCAGCAACAGCAGCAGCAGUAAAGGCGAGAGGUGCAUCAGGAACAACGGUAGCAGCAUCAGCAGCAGCAAGGCUGUACCCCACAGACGCGUCUACGCUGCCUGCUAACAACAGCACCGCCGCCACAGACCCAAUGGCUGCUGAAGAAGGGGCUUGCGGGGCCUCUUCUGGAUUGGCCACUGAACUUUUGCCUGUAUCUCUGGCUAAUGAUGCUGCUUCUGGUGCUCUGGAUGGGGAAGCUCUGCAACAACGAAGUGAGUUAUCUUCUUCAGACUGCAAUUCAGUUGCGUCGUCAGUCAAAUCCAACAGGGACCGACACAUAAAGGUUAGGAGUAGGCGCAUCUCAGAGAUCCUGGGCACAGCAGCAGCAGCAGGAGUUAGUUCCGGCCGCAGCGCAGAAAUGGGAAAGAAAGGCUCAGCAAAUUGGCUUCCUCCUAAGGCGCAAGAACGAAGGGCUGCUGACAAAGAUGCCCCUGCCUCUAUCUCGGCGGGCAAUAAGAAAAAAGAAGCAGAAGAGCAGAAGAAAGAAGCAGCAGAACAAGACACAGACAAGCCGAAGGGUUUCAAAACGUUAGGCGAGGCAUUCGAGGCAUCUGUGGGCAAUAUGGAAGGGGCUCACGGCCGCUCUGCACGAAGUGCUGCGACGCAACACAUCUCGACUCUGACUCCGUUCAACAUUGCCAUUCGGGCCCCCUCACUGGACGCAGAACAUGGCGAGCCUCCGGCUCCCAGGUUUGCAUCCGAUCAGCAACAAGGCCAAUGGCGCCCUUCUGCAUCUUCUCGCGCAAGUUUUCGAGGAAAAGCGUUGAGUCAGAGUCUGGAAGAUCUUAGUUCUACCCCUGCAGCUGCCUUCACUGCAAGCUGCUCUACAGAUCGACAGGACAGGUCCGACGGAGAUACUGAAGUAAUGGGGCCGCCCCGUCUUACCUGCAGCGGAGACACUGGGAAGCGGCAGUCCUCUUGCUCCACGCAUAAUUUGCCUUAUGGGGACUGGAAACAGACAAAGACAGAAAUGAACAGUUCUUUUUACCCCACAGCCCCUCCGCUAUGCCAAAAGCGGAGUCUAUACAGCGGGCCACCGUCCGGGUCUAUCUCAGAAGAGGACCAAGAUAUAGAGACAGGACUUCAAGAACGCAUGCAGCGGGAUCCAGCGCUGCUAGGGGCAGCAAAUUUGAGCUCACGUUUGUAUUCUGAAGACAUCGACAACAUAUUGUACCCUAAGAGCUCCUCCAUCGCCUCAGACUUCCACGUAAGACGAGGCUCGUUGGCCAGCGGAGAUGGGGGCGGCACACGCCGUCUUCUUGACCCCAGGCAUGUAACUGAUGAUGACUACUUUGCCAGCCAGAAGGUUCUGUACGGGUAUUCGGGAGUCUCGCCGGAGUACUUCACAAGAGAUUUCGUCGAAAUGUUCCUAAAAGGUGACGAAGUCGAUGAAUUCAUGAAACUCGUCGACUUGGCGGGCCACGGCAAGAUCAAUCAGCCAAUGUUCAAGAGGGCCGUUGUCUCCAUUUACAAAAUGCGAAAGGCACUUCUUAAAUCCCUAACAAGUCAGGCCAGCAUUUGCAAAACUGUUCGGCGAAUGAUAUCUGUGGUGUUGUGGGUGGCGACGCUGGUGGCGAUGCUGCUUGUGUUUGGAGUAAAUCUCAAUACGGUCCUGGUCUCUGGCGCAGCAUCUAUAUCUGCGCUAGUGGUCGCGCUAAGCUACAUUUACCAAAACUUCAUCACUGCUGUCAUAUUCGUGGCAUUUACUAAUCCUUACAACGUGGGCGACAGAGUGCGCAUUGACAAUGGCGAGGCGAUGUACGUGCGCAACAUCCAUACGUACACGACGGAAUUCGUAACAAUUCAUUCCAAGCCGAUUGUGUACAGCAACAGCGUUUUGUUUGGGCGUCAGUUGACUAACGAAUCCCGCGCCACAAACGCCACAUUCUCCAUGCCAAUGCGACUGGACAUUCGCACACAGCUGCAGGCACUCCGUUUCUUAGAGGCGGGAAUGCGCAGGGCCAUUGCUGCGAGGCCUAUGGAUUUUGUGAAGGACUCAUUUAGCAUCUACAUCACUGAUGUGCAGCCAGGACGGUGGAUGGAUAUAACAGUGUGGCUGAGCGCGGUUGAAGGCUGGGGCAACACAUCCAAGGUCUUGCGGCUGCGGACGGACAUGUUCCUCGUACUGCAGCGUCUGUGCACCCGCUUUGGUAUUUCAUACCAGGAGCCACUGCUACCAGUGCAUCUUAAUGCAACACAGUUCUCGGCGUCGACCCCGCCACAGGCAGCAGGGACUGCAGCCCCUCAGUUUCGAGCAACACCGUCUCAUGGCGCUGCUGCUGUUGAUCCUAGUUGUUCGCGUUAUUUGGGGAAACAGCGAGACGAGUGUCGGUACAAGGACAGCCCGCCGACCCAUAUGGGCGUGCUUUUGGAAGACGCCCUCUGCGACUCUUCGCUGUUAGCAUCACUCGACUCCCCAAGUGCUCCACCUGUUGCACCGAGGGAGCCGCCCCGAAGAGCUCCAAGGAGGAAUUCUCCAGCGUGGCAGGAGCAGAAGCAGCCUCACAUUGCAACCGGGCUUAUCGAAGCACUCCAGGGAAUGGCGCAACUUGUGCCAGUAGGCAGGAACUCUCUGCAACAGCCAAUUGCUUCGCUCAAGCGGCGCCAGGAGCUCGACCAGAGCAUACAGUAA